UGCUGAGGUGCUUUGUGGCGGACGUUGACUUUAAGCAGAUAGCAGAGCUUUAAAUAGUCACGGUCAUAGCUUGUGCUGAAUAGGCUAGUGAGUAAACAACAAUCGGAUAAAGGUCGAGGUACAGAGUUACCUGCCCGACAAGUGUUCCCAAUUCUAAAAUGUUCUGCUUCUGCUGGUACGUCAUCGGUGCUGUUGCUGGAUACUUUCUGCUAAAAUGGCUUCUCAGGCUUGUCAAGAUAAGCGACUACAGCAACAAGUACGUCUUCAUCACGGGUUGCGACACGGGGUUCGGCCACAUGCUGGCUAAACGACUGGAUGGGCUCGGCUUUCACGUGUUCGCCGCCUGCUUCACCGAGAAAGGAGCAGACGACACAAAAAAGGGCGCGUCGUCCAGACUGAUAACGAUAUCUCCCGUUGACGUCACCAAGGAGGAGAGUAUCCAGAAAGCUUUGCAAGAGGUGGAGUCGAAACUCCCGACAGAUAAAGGUCUGUGGGCGAUUGUGAACAACGCUGGGAUCGCUGGCCCCAUGGGGUAUAUCGAUUGGUUCACUCGCAAACACUACGAAUCGGUGCUGGCUGUCAACCUGUUUGGCGUGAUCGAAGUUACCCGUAUUUUCCUACCGCUUAUUCGAAAAGGCAAAGGUCGUGUUGUCAACAUUGCAAGUUUUCUCGGAAGAAUAGGAAUUCCACCAAUGCCGUACACAAUAUCUAAAUAUGGCGUCGAAGCUUUUUCCGAUUGUCUAAGACGGGAACUGUAUCAUCAGGGUAUUUCUGUGCACAUUCUGGAGCCAGGAUAUUUCAGAACAAACAUUUUGGACAGGAGCACCUUAAAAGACAACAUGCGACGAAACUUCAGUGAACUUCCACAAGACUUGCAGGAGUAUUAUGGCAAAAAAUAUUUGGAAAACGGAAUUGAAGUAAUCGAUUUUGUGUUGGACAAGGUUGCCAGCCCACACACCCACAAAGUUGUGGAUGCUUACACACACGCAAUAACGGCCAGGUUCCCCAAACACCGUUACCUGGUGGGCAACGAUAUCCAGGUCUUCAGACUGGUGUGGAACCUUCCAGAAUGGCUGAGUGACUGGCUUCUGACAUUACAGACAGCGACACCUGCCGGAGCUAAAUGAAACAGGGUCCAAAGCUUGCUAACAUUAACUGGUUACUGUCUUAUGACACCGACUUUAUUAAACCCGUAGGAACCGGGGGUGGGGUGAGGUGGGCCUUGGCUCUCCCCUCUCACUCGAGGACGAAACUGGAUGCAUUUUUUGCUCUACUCUACAUAAAGGUAAACAUAAGACAGCCCCCCCCCCCCCCCCUCCACCUCAGAUAUCGUUCCUACGGACCUGUUUAUCCUGUGAUGGUUAAAAUGGCUAUUGCCACAUUUGCAAUCAGGAGCCGAUAUCUUAAGACAGUAACCGGUUAUUAUUAUUUAUUUUUGUUAAAUUUAUUCUACAUAAUACAAAACAUAUAUGAAAGUUAUUAUUUAUUUGUAAAGACACUGCUGAGAGCGGUGUGCUUCAAGCAGUGAAACUUGUUUGAAAUAAUGCUCAAGUUUUGUAUGCACUUUGAUUCUUUUUACAUUGUCACUUGGUAACGGUUAUUUUAUACUUAUCCAAGAAGAUACUAAAAUGCAGUCUAAAUGUGACCAAUAACAGAAGUUGGCUGCUCAAACCAGGUCAAUAUGAACAACACUGGGUGGAAAUGGUAAAUGUGGACUACUUCAACAUUUGUGCAGUUUGGUUGUAGUUAUGGACAAGUUCGAAGAAAUGUUGCACAAUGGAUAUAUUUGUAAUUUAUAGAAGUAUCAAAUUGCUCAC